ACAUCAAUGGGAAUCUGUCUCUGCUGUCGCCUUCUCCGUUUGAUUGUUUUAGUCUGGUUAGUUGCCUGCUCGACGAAUCGGUAUUCGCGACCAUUAUAAGAAGGGUUUUCGUUUGAUUGCUGUAUGCUGCAUUUGACAUGUUUGGCUGCUGCAGAGCCAUACACAGACUGUGUUGGGGUGAUGUGUUUCAGAAGAGUCUUCUGCAUGCAAGGGCCCUGUCAGGAGCAGACGCUGUCAAUGCAUUAAGACCUUUUUAUUUCGCUGUGCAUCCCGAUUUCUUUGGGCAACAUCCGAGGGAAAGGGAGGUUAAUGAAAACUCUCUUAAAAGACUAAAUGGCUACCUGGAAAGUCUACAGAAACCUGGGGUAAGGUAUCAUAAACCUGCCCAGCUCACGUUUUAUGUCCGAGAAACUGAGCAGAAUUGUGUAAAUCCUCAAGAUCCCACCAAAGCAUCAGAAUUUCGUGCAGUCAGUUUCACAUUGGCUACAAGAGACCUGCGAAGCACUGUGUUAGAUAUUCUCAAUUCAUGCAGCUUAUCCACGGACCAUGUGCAAAGCGCAGGGGGAAGCAUGGGUUCUGAGCCAAAGAAAGAUGACCGGAACCCCUUCUACAGGCCCAUAAAGUGGGACAAGACUUACUAUGCAUUCACUGGCUUCAAAGACCCUGAAGAAGAGCUGGAACAAGCCCAGAGAGUUGAGACAAGUAUAUCCUCUUGGUUGGAGAACAAUCAGGAAGUGGCCCUCAAGAAGCUAAACAGCAGUCUCCCACUGAGAGAAGAACUGGACCGUUUAAAGAAUGAGCUCUGCCAUCAGCUUCAGCUGUCUGAUGUUCGGUGGCAGAGAAGUUGGGGAGUUGCUCACAGAUGCAGCCAGCUCCAAAGCUUAAGUCGUUUAACUCAGAACAGUCCUGAAUCUCUUAGGUUAGCUAAAGGUCGCAGUGUGAUCUUCACAGACCGCACUGGCUUGAGUGCAACUGGCUAUGUGAUGCUAGGAACCAUGGAUGUCCAUCACUACUGGACUGAGCUGUUUGAGAGGUUACCCAGCUAUAACCAGUUACAGAGGACGUUGCAGUUUCUGCAGGAAAGUGUCAGUCACCUCUUAGGGGGGAUAGAAAUUGUACACAUUGAGGAGCUGGAGCCGAUGCUGACUGCGGAGGAGUUCUAUGCUACUUUAAGUGCAUUCUACAACAAGCUUCUUAAUAGGAGAGUGCCCAUCCACCCCCGCAGUCUGCGUGGCCUGCAGAUGAUACUGGAAAAUGAUCGAUUUGUACCACGAUUACAUGAAAUGGGACACUUUAGCAUACCAACAGCGUGUGAUCCAACAACCCUGCAGUGGUUUCUCUUGACUCACGCCCAGAAAGCUAGAGAAAACUUGAAAAGGAAAGAUGAGUUAAAGGUUGUGGAACGGGAACUAAUUAAAGCUUGCAAAUCAAGAUCCUCCCUGAGUAGGCUUUACAAGGAGCCUAGUGUUUCGUGCGUGCAGAUGAUAGACUGCUGCAGACGUCUCAUUGAAGAACCUCAGCCCUAUUUGUCUGCCAUGCACUUGUGUAUCUCUCACUAUUAUUCUGUGCUGCAGGACGGAGACCUGUGCAUCCCUUGGAACUGGAAGAGCUGAGUUUGUGGAGGACUUUACAAAGUAUGCUGCUGUUGACUUUUUAUGCAGCGUGGGAUUCCAUAUAAAAGUGCACCAUUUAUACAAAAAAAGCAUUACAAUUAGCCCGAAAAUAUUAAGACACGGGCAUUUGGUUGGAUGACAGCAGCUGGGAGAUGAAUACACAAGCUCCCUGAAAUUCAGUUGGUGGACACAGAGCUUGAGACAUCCUACAAUGUCUGGUGUAUAAUUCCGUAAACAAGAAACAUAGUGAAUGUACCAACCAAUUCAUGUUUUGCUAUUCCUGGAAAUGGUAAUAAGAUAGCAUAGGUUUUAGGAUUGCCAUAAAUCCAUUUUAAUAGGGGCCACGGCCAAAAUCAAUGCUGACCGCUUUCGUGAGCUGCUCUUAUCUCUGGACCCUGAAACUUAUUUUCUUUAAAAAAAAAGUUAAUUUCAAGUUUCUUGGAAUCAGAACCAUACAAAACAUAAUAGUUUUUUUGAAUAUUUAACAUUUGCCAUUUUGUUCGCUAAUCACAUUAACCCUAUGUUAACAAACAAAAACCAAAGAGCCUCCAAGGCCAUUAGCAUUGUUGAAAAAACCAGACUGUGACAGUGAGUAAACUCUAUGGUUUUAGUGCAUUGGUCUGAGACAUACAUGACAGCAAUGUCUGGUGUGUAUAAAUGUGAUAUAAAUAAAAGAUGUUUUCUGUA